AUGGUGCGCGCGCGCACAGGUGAGCCUUUCUUCCCCGCGGCGCGGGGCGCGGCCGGCGGAGGGCGUGAGGCGUUCAGGUGCAAACCCGGGCAGAUUUUCACGUCGGAAGCGAACAUGGAGAAGUCCCGCAGCAGCCUGUCCUCCGACAGCUCCCUGCCCCCGCUGGACGAUGACGUGGACUCGGUGUGCUCCGACGAGCUGCUGGGCUCCCAGUCCCGCCGCUGGCUGGCCGACCUGCUGGCCGCCGGGGACAUGCCCGCGCAGGGCGGGGACAUGAGCGCGGCCGGCCGGGACGGGCUCUUCGUGGACUACCACUUCCCGGUGGGGGAGCUGGAGAUGCACGCCGAUGUCAAAUGGAAGCGACCCAAGGAGCUCUGCCCUUUGCCGCGGUUCAUCGUUGAUGGAGCCUCCCGGCUUGACAUCCGUCAGGGAAAACUGAAUGACUGCUGGUUGCUUUCUGCCAUCGCCUCUCUGGCGAUGCAUCCCUCUCUGCUGGAGCGGGUGGUGCCCCCGGGCCAGAGCUUCCAGGACGGCUACAACGGAAGCUUCACCUUCAAGGAGGUGAGGAUCGACGACCUGCUGCCCACUCGGGGCAACAGCCUGAUCUUCCUCAGCUCCCCGGAGAGGCACGAGUUCUGGAGCUCGCUGCUGGAGAAGGCCUACGCCAAGCUGAAAGGAGGCUACCGGGCCCUGGAUAUGGGCUUCCCCCACGAGGCCAUGGUGGACAUGACGGGCGGCGUGACGGAGGUCCUGAGCAUGUCCGGCCAGGUCCGGCAGCUUCCUCACCUGCUCAGACACCUGCUGGCCAAGGGGGCCCUCAUCAACUGCGCCAGCAGCAAGGGUUCACUGGAAGAAAUCAACGAGCUGGGAAUCAUGUACAAACACGCCUACUCUCUGACCGCGAUCGAGCAGGUGAAGACCGACUACGGCGUGGUAGAUUUGGUGCGGGUCCUGAAUCCCUGGGGCAACACGGAGUGGAAGGGGCCCUGGAGUGACACGAGAGGCCCGGAGUGGAGCUCCGUGAGCCUGGAGGAGCAGAAGCGUCUGGAGAGGGUCCGGCGGGAGGACGGCGAGUUCUGGAUGUCGGUGUCGGACUUCCAGCGGCAGUUUGAGGUGAUGGAGGUGUGCCACCUGGUCCACUCCCUGAGCCGGCCCGGCUCCAGCGUGCUGCCCUGGAGCUGCCUGAUGCAUCAUGGGAACUGGGUGCCCAACAUCUCGGCGGGGGGAUCCCCCCAAAGCGGCUUGUUCUGGAAGAACCCCCAGUUCCUCUUCGUCCUGUCCGAGGUGGACCGAGACCCCGGCAACACCCAGAAGUCCUGCUCCUUCGUGCUGGCCCUGAUGCAGAAAUACCAGAGACGCAGAGGCGUCCACCUGACCAUCGGCCUGCACGUGUACCAGGCCCCCCCCCACAGCUCCCACCUGUCCCAGCAGCAGCUGCUGACCGCCCGCCCGGUGCUCUACAGCCCCCGCUACUCCUCCCACCGGGAGCUGGUCCUGCGCAGCUCGCUGCCCCCCGGCCGCUACGUCAUCGUCCCCUCCACAGAGGUGGCCAAUCAGCAGGGAGCCUUCCUCCUGCGGGUGCUGACCGAGCAGGGCAACACCGCCCUUCCCGGCUCUGCUUUCUCUCUGCAGCCUUCGUUUCCCCACCAGGCGGCUCUUCCUUCACCCAAAGCUGUGAGGCGUCUGUUCAGUAGGCACUGCAACAAGGAGGGCAUCUGCAGACCGCUCCAUCUCCAGAAUCUGCUGAGUGAGGCCAUAAAGGGAGGAGUGUUGGCUGGGAGCGAGAAGCUCUUGGCUCUGGAGCACUGCAAGAGCCUGGUGGUCCUCAUGGAUAGCCAAGGCGUCGCCAAACUGAGGUGGUCCGAGUUCCAGACUCUGUGGGAUAAGAUCUGCCGGUGGACGGACAUCUUCCUGGUUUUUGACAAGAACAAAACCCACCGUCUGGAGUACCAGGAGGUCGGCCCGGCCCUGAAGGCAGCAGGGAUCCACGUGGACGAGCUGGUGAUGCAGCUGGUGGGGCUCCGCUACACCGAGCCCGACAUGACCGUCAGCUACCCCGGCUUCCUCUACCUGCUCAUGAAGCUGGAGAGCAUGAUCCAUAAAUUCCAGGCCUACGACAUGGUGGGAAUGGGAACGGUCACCGUCAGCUACAGACAG